AUGUACUCAAAGUCAGGUAGGCUAGAAAUUGCUCGUAAAAUUGCUGAUGGGACACAUGAUCUUAAUGUAAUUCCAUUGACUGCACUUAUGCACGGCUACAUCAAAUUUGGUGAAUUGCAGCUUGCUCGAGAUGUGUUUGAUUCGGUUAGUGAUAAGGAUGUGGUAUUGUGGACGGCAAUGAUUGUCGGAUAUGCUCAACAUGGACUAGAUCAUGAUGCACUGACACUCUUCUGCAUUAUGUUUCUUGAGGGGAUUGAACCGAAUGACUACACUAUUGCUUGUUUGCUUAGUGUAUGUGCAAGCUCUGGAGUUUUGGAUUAUGGCAAACAGUUGCAUGCUCAUGUGCUUAGAAAUGAUAUUAGGCUAACAAUUUCUGUCUCAAAUGCACUUGUAACAAUGUAUGCACGAUGUGGAAGCUUGAUUGCUGCUGAAUAUGUUUUCAAGCAUGCAGGUGUGCAUGAUGCAGUGUCUUACACAAGCAUGAUCAUGGCCAAAGCACAACAUGGUCUAGGAAAUGAGGCUAUAGAGCUGUUUGAUGAGAUGAUGGAGCAAAGGAAAAAGCCUGAUCAUAUUACUUAUAUAGGUGUUCUGGCUGCCUGCAGUCAUGCAGGGUUGGUUGAUCUAGGUUGGCACCAUUUCCAGAUGAUGCAUAAAAAGCAUGCAAUAGAGCCACAGAUGAGUCACUAUGCAUGCAUGAUUGAUCCUUUUGGGCGUGCUGGCUUGCUAAAAGAGGCUGAUGAAUUUAUUAGAAGUAUGCCUGUCGAACCAGAUGUGGUGGUACGGGGUGCCCUCCUCUCGGCAUGUAGAAUUCAUAACAAUGUGGAUUUGGCUAGAAGGGCAGCAGAGAAACUACUAGCAAUUGAGCCAGAGAAUAGUGGAGCAUAUGCAGUAAUUGCCAAUGUAUAUGCUUCGUAUGGUGAAUGGCAGGAGGCAGCUGAAAUUAGGAAGAUAAUGAAGGACAGAGGGGUAAAGAAAGAACCAGGAUGUUGCUGGAUUCAAAUCAAGAAGAAAGUGCAUGUUUUUGGUGUACAAGAUUCGUUUCAUCCACUGAGAGAGCAGAUCUAUGCAAUGGUCAGCAAGCUUUGCUGUCAAGUUAGGGAGUUAGGUUAUCAACCGGAUACUAGCUCAGUCUUGCAUGAUCUUGAGGAGGAGUUGAAAGAACAACUGUUGAGUCACCACAGCGAGAAGCUUGCUGUUGCUUUUGAGUUGAUCAGUACUGCUGAUGGAAGCACAUUAAGGAUCAUGAAAAAUCUUAGAGUUUGCAAUGAUUGUCAUGCUUGGUUCAAGUUUGUCUCAAGACUUGUUCAAAGGGAAAUUGUACUAAGGGAUGCUAAUAGGUUUCAUCAUUUCAAGAAUGGUUUGUGCUCCUGCAAAGACUAUUGGUAG